AGAGGUGUGUGUGAGUGUGUGUGUGUGUGUGAGAGAGAGAGAGAGGCGUAUGUGUGUGUGUGUGUGUGUGAGUGUGUGUGUGUGAGAGAGAGAGAGAGAGAGGCGUGUGUGUGUGUGUGUGAGUGUGUGUGUGUGUGUGUGUGAGAGAGAGAGAGAGAGAGGUGUGUGUGUGUGUGAGUGUGUGUGUGUGUGCAGAGAGAGAGAGAGAGGGAAGCGCGCGAUGUGUGUGUGGAGCGCGAGCCUGUGGAUUAAUGUGAUCAGUAUAGUUAAUAUAGUUAAUAUAGUUAAUGUAGUUAAUGUAGUUAAUAAGGUGAAUAUGGAUAAUAGGGUAAAUACGGUAAACAGGGUAAACAGGGUUGUUAUGGUUACUGUAGUGCUCAGCGCUGUGAUCGGGACGGCGGAAGUGAGCGCGAGGCGGAACGACGAGUCGGUGCUGGUGGAGAGCGUGAGCCGCGCGCGCUGCUGCUCCCGGUGCCUCAGCCUGCACCUCACGCGCAUCUCCGCUCUCUCUAAACACUCUCAGGGAAAUGGAUCUUUGGUUUGGUGUCAGAAUCACAAGCAGUGUUCGAAGUGUCUGGAGCCCUGCAAAGCAUCAUGGGAUCUCAGAGAGAACGAGUGUCAAGAUUUGUGUGAGACUGUCUUCCCAAACAAACAGUCCGAGUGUGUGGUGAGCUGUGAGUUUUUCCUCUCGGUGGAAGCAGUGAAGCAGGGGGCGUGUCCGGCUCCUGAUCGAGCGAGCGGAUUUGCUGCCGCAUGUGUGGAGAGUUGUGAGAGCGACGCCCACUGCUCCUCCCACAAGAAGUGCUGCUCGAACGGCUGCGGACGAACCUGUCAAACGCCCAGGAACAUUUAUAAAGGUGUUCCUCUAAAGCCCAGGAAUGAACUGACAUUUCUUGAAUUGCCAUCAGGCCAACUGGAAGUCCGCUGGUCUUCAAAAUUCAACGUUUCGGUGGAGCCGGUGGUUUACGUUGUGCAGCAGCGCUGGAAUUACGGCAUCCACCCGAGCGAAGACGACGCAACGCCAUGGCAGGACGUGGCACAGGUCACAGAAGAGCGUGUUGAGUUGGCGGAGAUCAGAGCCACCCGGUGGUACCAGUUUCGCGUUGCGGCCGUGAACAUACACGGCACUCGCGGAUUCACGGCGCCAAGCAAACACUUCCGCUCAUCCAGAGAUCCGUCUCCUCCUCCACGCCCGUCCGGACUCAAGGUGUCCAACGUAACGACGGACGCCGGCGGUUCAGUGACGGCACGUCUGGACUGGACGCUUCCCGAAGAGCCGGACGUCCCAAUCCAUCAUUUUAAAAUCUCCUGGAGCUGGAACGCCGCUGGGAAACCCACGAUUCCUUCCAAAAAGAAGAGGAGAAAGACCAUCGAUGGGGUGAAGAGCUCAGUGAAUCUGGAAGGUCUUGUAGUAAACAGCUCGUACACUGUGGAGCUUCAGGCCGUGGCUCUGUGGGGUUCAGCGAGACUGAAAAGCCCCAAAACAGCUCUGCAGUUCAGCACCGCUCGGGAGAACGAGCGCACGAAGCUCCCGACCAAACUGAAAAAAGCGUUUCCUGCACCGUCGAGGAAAUCUACGAGCUCUCUGGAGGCCGGAACGCCGUUUUACCAGGACGGACAGCUGCAGGUUCGGGUUUACUGGAAAAAGAGAGGAGAUCUCACGACGAGCCGCUUCCACGUCCAGUGGACGCCGGAACUCUGCCUCCACAACGAGACCAAAGCCCCGGAGAAAUCCGUCACACACGAGAAUUUCAUCAACCUCUCGGGCCUGCUUUUCUCCUGCAAGUACAGAGUGACCGUUCACACACUCAAAGCCAAGAAGCACUCUGAAAUCGGCACCGUUGCCUUCACCACGCCGUCUUGUCCGGCAGUACGGAGCAAAAGUCACAGAUCCGUCGUUUGUCCAGGAGAAGAAGUAGCCGUGAAAGUGUUGGCCAAACCGGAGAACCUGACGGCGUCCUUUACGGCGAUCGGGGAAAACGUCACUGGACACUUCUUCUGGCGCGUCUCCCGCCCUCAGCCUCAUCAGCCAAUCACGGGCUUCCAGGUCACGUGGGCGGACGUAACGGUGACGAAUCGGGAGAACAGCCUUCCGAACAGCAUCGUCUCCCAAUCGCAGAUCCUCCCUCCAAAUCAUAACUUCCUGGAGGUCUUGAAUCUCAGGCCCAUGUCCUCCUAUAAAUUAGAGGUGCAGAUCAUCACCAGUGUAGGAGAAGGUCCUGCCAUCAUGAAGGUUUUCCACACGCCCAGUGUUUCUUCAGCGCACAGGCCCAAACUUCAUCAGCACUCAGGACAUCAGAAACACUCAUCAGAAAAGCACUGAGAGACCAGAACAUCUCGAGUCAACCUUCAGAAAGCUUCAGCGUCUUACACACAAUCUCUUGGACUGAUUCCCCCACUGAAGAACUACUUCCGGGUUUGGUUCUGGACUGGUUCUCCUGCUGAAAUGAAAUCUUAGCUGGGAGAUCUUCUGAUGACCCCUGUGGCAGAAAUGGUCCUGGUUCUGGUUCUGGUGUGGUUUUCCUGCUAUAGUUGGAUCUGGCAGUACAAGAUCUGGACUGGUUCUCCUGGUAAAGCUGGUUCUGGUAUUGAAGCUGAACUAGUUCAUAGUCUGUCAAUGCAACAUCUGGACUGGUUCUGCCAAAGGAACGACUGGAUCUGGACUGGUUCUUCUCCCAAAACUGGAUCUGAUCUGCUUUGUUUUCUGUACUGUGUAUACGGGCAGAACUGGUACUAGAUUGGUUCUCCUAAAGACGUGAAUUGUGGACUGGUUCUCCUUCUGACAGCACUGAUUCUGCACUGUUCUUCUGGCUUACAAAGUUAUAGACUGGUUCUCCUCAUGAAACCGGUUCCACUUCUGUAUGAUUUCUGGAGCUUUUCUGAUUCUCUUUCAACCAGAACCCGGUUCUGAAAGGUAUUAGACUACUCAUAGAAAUAAAAAAAAAAUAUAUAUAUAUAUAUACAUAUAUAUAUCGAAGUUUUUUAAAAGUGAGAACAAAAUAUUUUUCUACUACAGAGCCAUGUUGAGGUGUUUGAACAGAUGAAUGUAUCCUCAGAAACGUGGAAGCAGCUUUUGACUGGAAAAUGUUAAAAACUAAACAAAAGAACUUUUUUUUUUUUUUUACAGUGGAACAUCUCCUCACUUUUGAAAAGUUACACUAGCGUUAAAGUGCAUGUCUGUUGUCCUUUACUGAAAACAUUUGUGAAUAUUUUCCACUAACAGAUUAACAGAGCCUCUAUAUGAAGAAUAUUACUGCGUACAUUGUUUAUUAAUAACUUUAUAACUUUGGGAUGGAUUAAACUGAUAAAAUUGUAUAUGUUCUCGGAGAACAUAUUCGCUAUAUCAAUAUUUAUUUAUGUGUUUACUUUUUGAGUUGUGUAUGUGUGUAUUGUACUCCCCUGUUUUUUUUUUUGAAACUGAUAACUCCUGGUAAAGAGGUUUUGUAUAAAAUAAAAAGUGUAAAUAUGGUAUAUUUUUGGCAAUUAGACCUUGUACAUAUUAUUCAGUAAUAAAAAUUAUACCUCAGUCCCUUU